AUGAUGGGCAGCAAGAUGGCAUUUGCUAGCAGGGUUGUGCAGGUAGUCAAGCCACAUACUCCAUUAAUAAGGUUCCCUAACAGAAGAGACAAUCCUAAACCUAAUGUAUCAGAAGUUUUGAGAUCAGUAGGACUACCAUCUCACUCUUCUUCAAUUUCUCAGCAUUCUAAGGGAAGUAAAUCGUCAGAUUGGCUGAUGUAUCAGGGUCCACCAGACACUGCAGAAAUAAUAAAAACAUUACCUCAGAAAUAUAGAAGGAAACUUGUGUUUCAAGAAGUUGAAUAUAUCCAAUGUGAAGGUCCUGAAUAA